CCCCUCCCCUCUUUCCCCCAUCUCUCUUCCUCACAAAUACCUUCAUUUCUCUCUCUCUCUCUCUCUGUAAUUAAUUUCUCGUUUCCUUCUUCAAUGGAAGACCGCCAUCACUCACUGCCUCAGUACUCCCACCCCCACUCUCAGCUCUCGGAGAAUGUUCCACCUCACGUGACCUCAGCUCACGAUCACGUGACCGAUGUCGGCGGAUCCACCAACGGAGCUAGGUACCGCCUCAUGUCGCCUGCGAAGCUCCCGAUCUCUAGGUCUACUUCCAUCACUAUUCCUCCCGGCCUCAGUCCGACGUCCUUCCUCGAGUCACCCGUUCUCCUCUCCAACAUUAAGGCUGAGCCUUCUCCCACCACAGGUUCCUUUUUCAAGCCUCAGUUGAUGCAAGCAUCUGGUGGUAAUGCUGCAAUUCUAUUAGAGAAAAAUUUCGCCAGUGGUAAUGCUGUAGAGGAAAGAACUUCCAGUGAUUUCGAGUUUAGGUUUCACACUGGAGUUAGUACCACAUCAGGAUUAUCGUCUGCAGCGAUGUCGAUUCCUGCAGGAAUUAAUCGAAACGGACUAGUCAAUCAUCAAGAUCAGCGAUAUUCUCAGUCUGCUAUACCCUCUUCUUCAGCACCACAAUGUCUUGGAGUAGCUCGACAGGAUUCAUCUGUGUAUGAUAGUAUUGAUGAAUCAAAGCAAGGAGCUCAGUCCAAUACAGGUACACAAGCUUCAGUUUCUGAGCAUAAAGAUAGCAGCUCGUCAGUCUCAGCUGAUAGAACAUCAGAAGAUGGGUAUAACUGGAGAAAAUAUGGGCAGAAACUGGUUAAAGGAAGCGAGUUUCCACGAAGUUACUACAAAUGUACCUACCCUAACUGUGAGGUGAAAAAAAUAUUUGAACGGUCUCCAAGUGGACAUAUUACAGAAAUUGUGUACAAGGGUUCACAUGAUCAUCUGAAACCUCAGAGUGCACGUCGGCACAAUCCUGGGGGUCUUACGUCCAUUCAAGAGGAUAAAUCGGACAAGGAGGACAAGAUGAACACCAAUAAUAUGGAGCAAAAUGGUUCUCCCAUGUUGUCACCUCUGCAAACAAAUGAGGAUGGAUUAGAUGGUUCUGGCUCACAGUUUCAGGGCCAAAAUGAUGAUGCUGAAGAUGAUGAUCCUUACUUAAAACGGAGAAAAAUGGAGGAUGGUAUUGAUGUUACACCAGUUGUUAAACCCAUUCGUGAACCACGAGUUGUGGUUCAAACUGUGAGUGAGGUUGAUAUACUGGAUGAUGGAUAUCGCUGGCGCAAGUAUGGCCAGAAAGUUGUCCGAGGAAACCCCAAUCCUAGGAGCUACUACAAGUGCACGAAUGCAGGAUGCCCAGUGAGGAAGCAUGUGGAGAGGGCAUCUCAUGACCCGAAAGCUGUUAUAACAACGUAUGAGGGGAAGCACAACCAUGAUGUCCCAAUUGCACGAAACAGCAGUCAUGAACUUGCUGGGACUGCGCCAUAUGCAGGAACAUCCAAGAUGAGGGCGCAUGACAGUGGCAGUUCGAUUAGCCUUGACCUCGGUGUUGGAAUCGGGCGAGCAGGUGAGCACAAAAGGGAGGAAGGGUUGGAUGGUGAGGGUGGACGACGCCAAAAUAAUCCAAUCUAUGAAAUUGUAAAUGGUGGGCUGAAUCUAUACGGAAAUCCAACUGACAUGGCUGCCAAGUGUGCAUUGAGUGGAUGA